GCGGCCUGCUUGUCCUCCCCUUAGGAUGCAUCGGUGGCCAGUGCUGCUGUUCCUGGCCUGGGUCUGCCUUCUUUUCUUUGCUGGCAUCGGGCUCUUCAUGAGCGGCUUCCUGCUGACCCGCAUCGAGCUUGCCAGCAGCAGCUCCUGCUCUGACCCGCUCCUGCCGCCACCCUGGCAGAGACAGAGCCUCCCACCGGGCUCCUGCUGGGCACCCCAGCGCUUCUCCAAGGCCGUGCUUGUCAUCAUUGAUGCCCUACGCUUCGAGUUUGCCCGCUUCAACCCAGCCAAAGCCAGCCCGCUGCCCUACGAGAACAAGCUGAGUUUCCUGCACCACCUCACAACCUCCCAGCCCCGCCAUGCCCGUCUCUACCGCUUCCGAGCAGAUCCCCCCACCGCCACCAUGCAGCGCAUCAAGGGCCUCACCACCGGGUCACUUCCCACUUUCAUCGAUGUGGGAAGCAACUUUGCCACCUAUGCAAUCCAGGAGGACAAUCUGCUGGCACAGCUAGUGCAGAACGGAAGAAGAGUGGUCUUCAUGGGUGACGACACUUGGGAAGGACUCUUCCCAGAGAAGUUUUUCCGCUCGUAUUUCUUCCCUUCUUUUAACGUGAAGGAUCUUCACACUGUGGAUGAUGGGAUCCUGCAGCAUCUGUAUCCAACUGUGGACAGUGGUGAAUGGGACAUGCUGAUUGCUCACUUCCUCGGCGUGGACCACUGUGGACACAAACAUGGGCCUGACCAUCCUGAAAUGGCAAAGAAGCUCACUCAGAUGAAUGAGAUGCUCAGGUCCUUGGUGGAUCACCUGGGGAAUGACACCCUUCUUCUGGUGGCUGGGGACCAUGGCAUGACGGAGACCGGAGACCAUGGUGGCGAGAGCGAGAAGGAAGUGAAUGCAGCACUGUUUGUGUACAGCAGAACACCCCUAUUUGCCGCUGGCCCUCCAGAGGAGCCCGAGGCCAUUCCCCAGGUGAACCUGGUGCCCACUGUGGCCCUGCUGCUGGGUGUGCCCAUCCCCUACAGUAACAUAGGGGAGGUGAUGGCUGAGAUGUUCUCUGGGGACGGCGACACUAUGUCUGCAGCCUUGCAGCAGCUCUCAGUCUAUCAUAUCAACGCCAAGCAGGUGGACCGCUUCCUGCAGUCCUACUCACUGGUGGCUCAGGACCUGCCAGCAGAGCAGCUCCAGCACCUGCAGGAGCUGUUCUCUGGUGCUGUGGAGGAGCACACUCAGCUCUUGGACCAGGUGCAGGGGGCAACGCUGGUGCCUCCGGAGCUGGAGUCCAGGCUGGGAAGUCUCAUCAGUCGCUUCCAGCUCUACCUGCGGGAGGCACGGGCUGUGUGCACCCAAUCCUGGGCCCGCUUCAACUCCCUGCGUAUGGUGGGGGGCUGCACCCUUAUUGCUGCGUCCUGCUUGCUCUGCUACAUGGCUGCAGAGCUGGCUGCAUCAUCAGACUCCUUUUACCGCAGCUGCCUCCUGUACCCACUGCUCUGGGGCCUUGUGGUGGCUGUUCUGCUUGGGCUGGCCCAUGUGUUCACCCAGGAGGGGCCGGAUCUCCUCCUGGUGUCCUCGUGCACAGCCGCUGCUUCUCAGAUGGGAUUUUUCUGGCACUGGUGGGGUCGGCAUCCCAAGCGAGGCCUUUUGGUGGGCAGUCAGCCACCUUUGGCCAGCGUUGGUCUAAGGCAGAGGCUGCGAGCCUGGCUGGGGCUGGUAUUCCCCAUGGGCAUUCUGCUCUUCCGCUGUGGAGCCAUGUUCUCCGAUAGCUUUGUCGUGGCCGAGGCCCGGGUGGCCCCAUUCCUGCUGGCCUCGUUGGUGAUGCUGCUAAUAGGGAAGCUCCACUGGGAUGGCCGCCUGACUGUACCAGAAGGCCCCAAGCAGCAGGUCCUUGGCUUUAGUUCUUACCGGCGAGAGAUGUGGUACCUGCUGUGCCUUGUGGCCAUGCUCCUGGUCUGCGUGCGCCUCUCUGGUUUCUUCCACCAGUGCCGAGAAGAAAUUCCUCAGUGCCGGCCUUCUCUUUUCCUCUCCCCGCUUGCCAGCCUGAAAAAUACACGGGCCAAGAACCUCUUCUACCUCCUGUGUGUGGCCUUGCUGGCCGGGCUGGUCUAUGCAGUGCGGAGCUGGCUGCGACACUACGGCAACCUCAACAGCUCAGACCCCCUUGUGCUCUUUGUGCGCUGGGGUUUCCCACUGGUGGUCCUCUGCAUUGCCUGCUACUGGGCAGUUGUCUCCAGCGCUGAUGACUCUCUAGGUAAGCUGCAGGAGCUGGUGCAAGUGGCAGUUCUUGCCUUUCCAUGGGCUGUCUAUGGGCUAGCAUCCGUGGGGCUGCUGCUCCUGUUGUGCAAUCCGAUGACAGUGUUUGCAAAGGACACAUGGGAGUCGGCAGGAUCCAUCGUCACUCCAUACCUGGGAGUUCCUAGCUCUGAAGUGGACUUCCUCCACGUCAUCCCUCAGAUCUACAAGAGGAUGCAGGAGUCUCAGAAGAGCCGCCUGGAGCGGGGCAGCUGCAGGACCACUAUCGCAGCAUAUGGGUUGGGCAGCGUGUAUUCAGCAGCCCUGGUCAUAGCACUCACCCUACUGGGCUUCCUUCUGAUGCUUCUGCACAGUGAGCGGCUGAGUCUUGCCUUUCUGCUCCUCUUCCUGGAGGCCUUCGUGCUGCUGCACAUCCACACGCGUGCCAGAGGCCUUGCUGGAGAUGCUGAGCCUUUUUCUGUGCCCUGGUAUGCAGUCAUCUCCUGGCUCCUUGCUGCUUCCCAGUUCUUCUAUUCCACAGGCCACCAACCCGUCUUCCCAGCCAUCCAUUGGAAUGCAGCUUUUGUGGGCUUCCACCUUGACCACAGCACCAACCUCCUGCCUGCUGUCCUGGUGGGCGCCAACACCUUUGCCUCCCAUAUCCUCUUUGCAGUUGGCUGCCCUCUGCUCCUGCUUUGGCCCUUUGUGUGUGAGAUGCCCAGCUUGCAGAAGAAGAAGCCCAAGAAGGAAGCCCGAGAGGGACUGCAGGAGGUGGAGGAGCACAUGAUGGAGAUGAGGCUGCGGGAGUCCCCAGAGAAGUUCUCCACUGCUCUGCUGCAGCUGGGGCUGAAGUACCUCUUUGUCCUUGGGGCACAGCUUCUGGCCUGUGUUUGUGCAGCUAUGAUUCUCAGGAGGCAUCUCAUGGUCUGGAAGGUCUUUGCCCCCAAGUUCCUCUUUGAGUCACUGGGCUUUGUGGUGAGCAGCAUCUGCCUCUUGCUGGGGAUCUCCCUGGUGAUGCGUGUGGACUGUGCUGUCAGCACCUGGUUCAGCCAGAUUCAGCUCAGGAGGACUCUGCUGCAGGAGCCCAAGAAGUGCUUCUCUGGAGAAACACCAGUGGGGGGGUGGGGGGUCUUGCUGCUACUUUCCUGACAACUGUACCCAUUGUGCAGCUUCAGUGGUCAGCAAGGUGUCACUGUGCCUGUGCAGAGACAGUGAUUCAUGGGAAAGGGGCCUGCUGACAAGGGGAGAGGAGGUUGGGAGGAGAAAGAAGGUUCUUCAGCCACUACUUCUCUUCACAUGCUCAGUUUUCAUGCUGGAAGCAAAGCGCACAUGGUUACACAUGCACAGAGUUCCUGGGGUCUCACUGACAGCUGCUCCUCUGUAAAGUGAGUUGGUUGAUCUGCAGUGAGGCCCCUCCUGCCCUACACUCGCUCCCAUUUUCUUCCUCAGCCACAGGGAGGACACUCGGGAGUGCUCUGGGCUACCUCAUACAGCCUGAAGCAGGCUUAGCUUGUUAGGGAGUGGUAGCGGGGAGAACUCUGUCCAUGACCAAGGAACUCUGCACUUGUGGUCUCGGCCUCUUGGUGUCCCCAUGGGCUAGGCUGUGCACCCACGGCUUCCGAUGUCUUCCCGAGCUUGUGCUGCUGAAUGCCAGUUGUUGAUUGUGAACAAUUAAGAUGCAGUGACAGAACAUUGGCUCAUCCCCUUAUUGGGUCUGGUCAGAAGGAAAGAGGAGUCUGGAGUAGUUGUCCCAAUGGCAGGAGUGGCCUUGGCAUGAGCUCCAGUGUCUGGUGCUUAUCUCACUCUUGACCUCAGUGUUCUGCAUGGGACUUCAUGCCACAAGUGAGCUACCCCAAACCCACCCUUAGCUGCUCAGUGUGUAUCUUCAUGAGCAAAGACUGAAGACAGUGACCAUGCUUUCUGGACACAUCCCAGCUAAGUUCCCCCUGCAGUUUUGAUGGGAGCUGGAAAUCCUUACUGCCCUGAACCACUGUGUGACAUUAAUUGGUGCUAUGAAAACUUCAGUCUCUUUUUGCUCUGGAAAGAGCUUAGUACUGCUUGCCUGGGA